AUGGCGGCUGAAGGCAUCUCAAGGACUUGCUUUUAUCUGUUAAUAUCAGAAGCGGUCACUGGAAUAGCUACAAGUCUUUUCAUCAUGUGGGCAAUUUUCAUGGAGGUUUCCAUUGGUGUAGACAUGAGGACCAAAGACAAAAUCCUAUUACCGCUAAGCUUCUCCCAUACAGUUUUUACUGUUUUGAUGCUGGUCAACGUUUGUCACAAGUUCUUCCUGUUGAGUUUGACUAUCUACAUGAGAUCUUUAAUUGCCAUAUUGAGUUCAUAUUGUAUUUGGUCUGGAACAAGCCUCACUCUUUCUAUGUGCUUCUUCCACUUUUUUAAACUUGUUCAGUUCAGAUCCAGUCUCCUCUCCCUGGUCAAGAUGAAGGUUGAUAUUCUAAUUCCAUGGAUGAUAGUGGUGGUCGUGGUGGCUUCUCUAUGUGGCAGUGUCCUAAAUGUCCUUCUAAGUAACGACAUCCAGCAGGGACCUUCCUUCAACAGUUCUGUCUCCCCUCCGUCCAACAUGACUGGAGAGAAUUCCCUCCUGAUGAUAUUCUUCCAAAUGUACCUGGAAAACUUUGACUGGCUUCUCCUAGUGAUAUUCUUCACUGCCUUAACCAUGGCCUCCAUAGCCUGUCAUGUCUAUAGGAUGGGAAAAUCCCCAUCCUCUGGCAAUUCCAAUGUCAAGGCUCUAAAAGUUGUAAAAUCAGAGUCGAGUUUUCUGCUUUUUUACAUCAUCUUCUCUGUUGUGAUGGCUGUUAUAAUGGCUGAACGUAUCUAUAUUCAACAUCUUGGGGAAUGUAUUUAUGAUGUCUUUCUAUUUGCCUUCCCCACUCUGCAUUGUGUCCUUAUAAUUCUCAGUAAUCCCAGCUUGAGGGUCGUUUGCUUUGUGAUUGGUCAGAAGGAUACUGAGGCUGACAUGCAACUGCAGCACUAA